ACCUGAUAGUGCGCAUGCUCAGUGUCCAGUGUUGUUACGAAAGUAAAUGCAGGCGAUGCUGAAAGUAAUUUCUUCAUAACAGGGUAAAUCUAAUGCCAUAAUGGCCGGUGAAGAGGAGAGUGACAAAAAGAAGGUAAGUGUCCAGGACAAUGUCUAUCAGAAAACAUUGUCUGUGACAAUGCUAACUUAGCUAGCUAACUAGCAGCAACUCAGUUGUUGAAGGUCAACAUAUUGGUGAUGUUGUCGCUCCAGUAGUUGUCUAGUUUGCUUAACUUGGUAAGUUAGCUAGCUAACGGUAGUGUGCUAUAGCUGAAUAGAUGUGUUUCUUCAUAAUUCUUUAACUAGCUGGCUAGCUACCCCUCUUUCGCGUCUGCCAGCUAACAGUAUGAAUGUAAUAUCAUGUGAUGAUGUGUACAACAUGUGUACAACAUAAACAACCGUGAUCUCGGUAAAUCUCUGCAUAUUCUCUGUGUAGUUUCAUCAACCAUAAUGUGUUUCAUAUAUCGUAUGCCACUUAGGGUUUCAAGGUGCUGGGUAUUCUGGACGUUCAGAACACACCUUGUGCCAGAGAGGCUCUUCUACAUGGAUCUGGAGGAUCCCUGGCUGCUGGCCUUUUGCACUUUUUGGCCACAAGUAAGUUUGCUUUCCCUGCAGAUUCACAGUCUAUCUCAGAACCCAUAACCUAAUCUCGUGCCAGGUACAUGUAACUCUGUCUUGAGCGAUUCGUUUCGGUAAGUCUCUGCUUAUUCUCUGUGUAACCCACUGUCCAUUAAUCUGAGCAUAGUAGUAAGAAUAUUAUAUUACUUCUGUCAUAGGUUUCUCCAUUGAUGAUCUAUUAUAUUGACAAGAUAGCUGAGUGACUGCUCUAACAAUGGAUGUUGCCACGUGCAUCCACAUAUCAGUACAUUUAUAACAGCAUAAACAUUACGAAACUUAUAUUAGAUCAAAUACCCCAAUACUCACUCAUAGACCUCCAUACAAAAAAGGGCUUAUCAAAUCAAAUCACAUUUUAUUUGUCACAUACACGUGUUUAGCAGAUGUUAUAGCGGGUGUAGCGAAAUGCUUGUGCUUCUAGCUCCUACGGUGCAGUAAUAUCUAACAAUUUCACAACAUAUACCAAUUCACACAAAAAAGUAAGGAAUGGGAUUUAAGAAUAUAUACAUAUAUGGACAAGCAAUGACAGAGCGGCAUGCACUAAGAUACAGAAUAAUAUUAUAGAAUAGAAUGAAUAGAAUGCAGUAUAUACAUAAGAGAUGAGUUGUGCAAGAUAUGUAAACAUUAUUAAAGUGACUAGUGUUCAAUUUCUUAAAGUGGCCAGUGAUUUCAAUAGGCAGCAGCAGCCUCUAAUGUGUUAGUGAUGGCUAUUUAACAGUCUGAUGGCCUUGAGAUAGAAGCUGUUUUUCAUUCUCUCGGUCCCAGCUUUGAUGCAUCUGUACUGACCUCGCCUUCUGGAUGAUAGCGGAGUGAACAGGCAGUGGCUCGGGUGGUUGAUGUCCUUGAUGAUCUUUUUGGCCUUCCUGUGACAUCGGUUGCUGUAUGUGUCUAGGAGGGCGGGUAGUUUGCCCCCGGUAAUGCGUUCGGCAGACCGCACCACCCUCUGGAGUGCCCUGCGGUUGUGGGCGGUGCAGUUGCCGUACCAGGCGAUGAUACAGCCCGACAGGAUGCUCUCAAUUGUGCAUCUGUAAAAGUUUGUGAGGGUUUUAGGUGAUAAGCCACAUUUAUUCAGCCUCCUGAGGUUGAAGAGGCUCUGUUGCGCCUUCUUCACUACACUGUCUGCGUGGUUUAUCUCAGGCGGACAGAUUUUGGGCGGAGUAAAUCCUCUCCUUCACCUCUUCCUCUCUGGUUUCUCAUAGUAAUUCUCAAUUUCUUACCCAAACCUUUAAUUUGUAAUUCACAGGUCGAGUGAAGCGGUCCUUUGACGUAGGUUUUGCAGGAUUCAUGCUUACCACACUGGGAUCAUGGUAGGUUUUCAAGUCAGUGUUGAUGAUUUAUAAGCUAACUUGUUGGCUAGUUGAUGCCCAUUAAAAGCUAGAAUCCUUAGUUGCUACAUCAAUUUUUGGACUUAUAAAUUAAUGAUAUAUAUACCCACUGAUUUUACAUUCUACAUUAUAAUAUUUAUUCAGCAUGAGAUGUUCUCAUCUAUUUUUGUGAUACUACAACCCCUAUGCAGCCUACACCCCAAUACAGCCUGUACCCCUAUGUAGCCUGUACCCCUAUACAGCCAAUACAGACUAUACCCCUAUGCAGCCUAUAUCCCUAUACCCCAAUACAGCCUAUACCCCAAUACAGCCUAUACCCCUAUGUAGCCUAUACCCCUAUACCCCAAUAUAGCCUACACCCCUAUAAAGUAUAUACCCCUAUGCAGCCUAUACCCCUAUAUAGCAUAUACCCCUAUACACUUAUGCAGCCUUUACCCCUAUGCAGGUCCCUGUGUAUUGACCAGCCCUUUACAGUGACGGUCUAUUUCUGCUGCCCCUCUCAGGUUCUACUGUAGAAUUACCAAUGCCCAGCUCCGUAUGCAGCAAAGGUUGAUCCAGGAUGGCAUCAAGAACAAAGUCAUGUACGAAGGCACGAGUUUGGACACCGUCAGUAAACCAAAAGAACAGGAGCCUUGCCCUUCAUGCCCUUGAAGUGAUCACAUGAUCCUGUCAUCAAAUCAUUGUUUCUUUCACACACCCUUGACUGCAGUUCACAAUGUCCAUAGCCUUUAACUGUUCUAAUAUUUAUUGUCCUAUUGGAUCAUGUUGUCAGGCAUGGUUUGUCUGACUGAUUUGUUUUAUUUCUAUGUAAAAUAGUCUGUAACAAGUAUUGUUUUUGUCCUCAAUGGUGGAUCCAUUCAUAAUUAUUUAAAAGAUGAUUGAUUGUGCGCUGAAUAAAUAUUGAUUGACUUUCUG